AUGGAGACUUUGUUGGCGCAUUCGUUCGACUACCUUUCUUCGUACGAACCAAGCAAAGUUCGCAAAGGAUUGCGCCAGGUUGAGGGCCUUCUUGCGCAAAUCUGUUUAUCCAAGUCGAAACAGCCGGCGUCUGAUAAACGGAGGUCAUUACUAUCCUUUGGAGCUCCACAACCGGUUCCCAGGGCUCUGUCCGAACUAAAAGAUGACCCCGCAUUUAGAGAGUUUUUCAAGCUUCAAGAAGGGUUCCAGUGGAAUGUCGCAAUGCGCUUGGUAACUUGCCUUGAGCACCUCCUUGGUCGAGGAAGUAAUGGCACAAACGACCUUCUUAUACUCUCAACACUCGACUUAAUACAAGGCGCGCUUCUUCUCCACCCACCAUCGCGAACAUUGUUCGCGCGCGAAAUUUACAUGAACAUACUGUUGGAUCUUCUGGACCCGAUCAACUGCCCCGCAAUUCAGUCUGCUACCCUCCUCACUCUUGUAACGGCUCUUUUGGACCAUCCCGCCAACACGCGCACGUUUGAAGAGCUCGACGGGCUGCUCACCGUGACAUCUCUCUUCAAGCAGCGCGCAACAUCUCGCGAAGUCAAACUCAAACUCGUCGAGUUCCUCUACUUCUACCUAAUGCCAGAAACACCAAUGAUCCCUGCAGGCGCAGGCGCCAGUGCGGCGAACGCAGCGGCUAUCGGAUUGCAGCGCAGUCCAACCAAGUUAGGGGGGCCAAGGCCAAGGAGUGCCAAUGGCCCAGGAGCCCACCAUGGCGGAAGGGGAAAUAGAGACACGCGCACAACGGAUGAAAAGCAAGCACUGCUCGGAAGGUAUCUCAACAAUGUGGAGGAUCUAGUUGAGGAUCUAAAAGAAACGGCGCCUUUUGGGGCAACAGUUUACUAG